UAUUUUCAUAGUUCAUGGAAGUACUUCACGUGGUGAAAGCAGCCUAGCCCGGCUGUGAGAAUGGGGUGGAUUAGCUCGCGCGUUAAGAACGGGCAGAACACCACUCAAAGCAGGUCGGGAUGAUGGGUUUCGGAUUGGAGUGCGUCCCGCCGGCGUUAUUAAGGACGCACUAGUGAUCUGCAGCUCAACACCGUGCUCACCAAAGAAGCUGACUGUGCCUCUCUGAAAUCAGUGUCCGAAAAGACCCUCCGAUAUGUUCCAAAGGAAUCCAAAGACAAAGUUAUCUCAGAUGAAGAUGUCCUAGGAGCAUUACUGAAAGUUUUCCAGGCUCUAUUCUUAAAUGAUUUCAAUAAACAAUCAGAAAUCUUGACUGUGCUUCCAGAAUCUGUUAAAUCAAAAUAUCAAGACCUACUGGAAGUUGAACAUCAAGGGUUGAAACUGCUUGAAAACAGACAUCAACAGCAAAGUACCUUUAAACCAGAAGAAAUUCUUUACAAGACUUUGGGUUUCAGUGUUGCCCAAGCAACUAGCUCAUUAAAUUCUGCUGGAAAAGGUGUCUUCGUUACUAAAGGAUUGGUACCAAAGGGCGCGGUCGUAUCUAUGUAUCCUGGUACAGUAUAUCAGAAUUAUGAGCCCAUCUUUUUCCAGUCCAUUGGAAAUCCAUUUAUUUUUAGAUGCCUGGAUGGGGUACUUAUUGAUGGGAAUGACAAAGGAAUAUCAAAAGUUGUGUACAGAUCAUGCAAUGGGAGGGAUCGACUCGGCCCUUUAAAAAUGAGUGAUAGCACAUGGCUAACGUCAGAAAUUCAUAACCCCCUGGCUAUGGGACAGUAUGUCAACAAUUGUUCCAAUGACAGAGCAGCUAAUGUCUGUUAUCAGGAAUUUGAUGUGCCUGCAGUUUUCCCUAUAGAACUGAAGCAAUAUCUUCCAAACAUUGCCUACCGCUAUGACAAGCAAAGCCCACUUCGAUGUGUUGUUCUUGUCGCACUUAGGGACAUCAAACAAGGAGAAGAGCUGUUUUCAAACUACUACACAGUUGUCAGCUAACUCUGUGAAUCAGAAAUUAGGUUUUCUACUCAGCUACUGAGUUAAUUCUAAGUAUUUUUUUGUUAAUCACUUCUCUGAAUUCUACCUGUAGAACAAAUAUUUUGAGACCUAAUUGGAAUAGGAAUUUUUUAUGUUUUUGUUGAUAUUAUAUUUGUUCCAGUUUCAUGAUAAAAGCUAUUUGCUUCAUUACAAUUUCAAAUUAAUUUGUAAUGCAAUUCUAAUUUUAAUUGGUUUUCACCUAAAUACACAAUAGCUUAUUAAAUUAAAACCUACUACUUGAACUUAUAA